AUGUCCUGGACCUCCAUCUGCGUGCACGUGCUCGUCUGUCUUUUCGGCAUCGGCUCCUGGAUCGACAUCAAUGGCGUUUGGGUGGAGUUGCCAGUCAUGGUGCAGUAUUUACCGGAAGGGUGGAGCUUGGGGUCCUACCUCGUCAUCAUCAUACAGCUGGCCAACAUUGGCCCUCUGGUGGUCACUCUCGUCACGGUUUUCAUGCCGUCUAAAAUGAAGGAAAGUGCAGCGGUGUAUGCCAUUUUGAUUGUUGGCGCGUUAGCGUGUUUGUUGCUGGCGUUCCUAUGGCAGCAGACAAGCCUUGUGUCCGGUGUAGAACACAGCGUAGCUCUCCUGGUCUUACAGUUUUUCUUGGCGUUGGUGGAUUGUACGUCAUCAGUCGUCUUCCUGCCGUUCAUGUCCGUGUUUAAAGAACAAUACAUGACGACGUACUUCAUUGGGGAGGGGUUGAGUGGCCUGCUGCCGAGCUUAGUAGCUCUAGUGCAGGGUGCCGGUGCAGUCAGGUGCGUGAGACUGGAAAACCUCGACCAAAACACUUCACGUACUAACAGUGAAUGGGUGAAUGAAACCGCCUAUUCGGUCUACCCCGAAUUUCUGCCCCCCAGGUUUCCCGUAAGGACGUUCUUCAUUUUUUUGUUCUUCAUGAUGGUCGCAUGUUGCACGGCGUUUAUUAUCUUAAAUCAUCACCCAUUUUGUCGCAGCGAAAAAGUCUUUCGGAGUGAAACUAAGUAUGAAGUUGUCGUUGAAGUAAAGACGAACGGUGUUGAGCUGGAAGCGUACCACAAGCCUGCCGAGGACCAAAACGGGAUACCAUUUAAUCCUUCCGAGGAUGUGUGUACGACCGGUCUGAUGUCAGUGGAGGGUAGGGGAGACCCACAAGACGGUCACAUCAUGGACGACCCACUGGGCUGUCCCAUACAGGAUAUCCAGCUAUCGCGGUGUAUGUAUUUCUACUACCUGCUCCUCACCGGCUGGAUGAACGGCAUGACAAACGCCGUGCUGCCCUCUCUCCAGACUUAUUCAUGUAUACCGUACGGUCUUGGACCGUACCAUCUGGCUGUUAUCUUUGCCAGUAUCUCCAAUCCACUGGCUUGCUUUGUGGCUGUUGUCCUGCCGACCAAAUCUAACUCCAUCAUUUCUACCAUCGCAUUAACCGGGAGUCUGCUGUCAUCGUAUAUCAUAACAUUGGCUGCUCUGAGCCCGGUCCCGUUUCUUAAGAGUGACUCUUCAGGAGGAAUAAUUAUGAUUGUGUCAUGGGUGUUGACUAUCCUUAGCCUCAGCUACGCCAAGGUCACCAUUGCUGCCAUCUUUAGGAUUGAAGGAAAGAAAGCUCUGUUGUGGUGCGGAGCGGCCACUCAGAUCGGAUCUGCUCUCGGUGCCAUAAUCAUGUUUGUUCUUAUCAAUGUUAGCAAAGUGUUUCAGUCGGCACCCAUGUGCUCCUGA